AUGUCCUCCUCGCAGCCUCGCCUCGAAUCCCAGAUCGCCGAGCUCCAGCAGCAGCAUGCCGAUCUCCAAGCGGCCCAUUCCGAGCUUCAGAAGAAGAAUGCUGCCCUCGAGACCGAGCUAGCAGCACUGAAACAGCUUCAUUCCAUGAGUAUCCACCCCGACGAAGACGGCGACGACGACGACAACGCAGACAGCUUGGACGACGAUUUCGUUUCUUGCCGCUCCUCUCCUUCAUCUGUCGCUAGCGACGAUGUCACACCGCCACCGCCGCCUACUACACCAACACACCACGGUCCGCCCAUGAAAGCGCCCGUCCGCGAUCCAGGGCUCGUCAGUCUGGCCGUGUCGCUCGAGAUCGCCACUGGCAACACCCAAACCAGCCAAGAACUCCUUUUGCACGCCUCUGACUGUCCGACCAUCUCCCAAUUCUGCGACCGACUGGCGACUUCGGCGUCGGGGGCUGCAGACAUGGUCGAAUCGACUUUCUAUCCUCCUAACAGUCCACCCGGGCGCGUCCCAGACCUCUCCAGAGUCAGUAUCAAGCUCGAAGAGGACGGAUACAUUGCCGAGUUCAUGAUCACGCCCACCAGGCUCAAUGCAAGCUCUCCAUUUCCCGACCUCCAGUACCGGGCUUGGUACUAUAGGAACAUAAUCAAGGGCCGGGGCGACAAGGCUGAAUACACGGUGGACGUCAAGAUGACAAUCUAGAUGACGAAGAAUGAUACAGGUCUCAGAGGCACCAUCAUUAUUUGGGGAUGCAACAGGCAGAUAAACUUCCGGAAGACUCCAGGGUCAUUGAGGAUGCAAGGAGUCUGAGAUGGUAGAAAAUUCCGUACAUAUGUACUGAAACAAACGACUAGUGGUCGUCGACGAUCUCCAAGAGGAGUAAAAAUCAAG